AUGUUCCCCUCGUCAGCGGCGAUGCUGAAGAAUCUGCAGCAGAGUGCCAUGACCUCGCCCUUCCUGAUGGAGAACCUGCUCCAGAGCAAGGCGUCGCCGGGAACGGAUCUCACCAGUCUGACCUUGAAUUGGGCGGCGAGUCUGGUAGCGCGGCAGCGUGAGAGAGAAUGCGAGGCGAGUCUCAGACUCGUUCGGGACCGAUCCUCCCCCAACGAUCUCAUCCAGGAUCACCUGGACCAACGAUCCGGCACGAUUAGCGGACGCGAUCGCAUAAUGAUCGAUUGCGGCGGCAGGGAUCAACAGAGAUCCUGCGGCAGUAGGUCCGGUGAGCGGCAACACGACCGGAUGCAGCUCCUUCAACGUGAGAAGGAGGUCCUGGACCGGAGUCAGGGAGUAUACGUCGACAUGGAGAACGAUAGGAUGGACGGCCCGGUAAUGGUAGACCGACUGUGCGCGAUGGAGAGGCUCUGUAAUGAGAGGAUCGACAAUCGAUCUAAUUCCGGUGUCGAGUCCUGUAACUCGAACGUAGACGAGGAUCCGAUUCCGGGCGCAGAAUUGGAUGGUGGUCUUCAAUCGGCCGACAGGGAUGAGAUGGUGCUAGGCGAGCGUGUCUCCGCGAUCGAGAUAGACAGACGGUACGACCUUGGAUGCAGAAACGUCAUGCACACGUCCGAUGAGAUGACGAUCGCCUCGGGAGAGAGGGAGGCGGCGGUGACGGCGGCGGCGACGGUGGUCGAGCGUGCCGUCGACAGAAUAGGCGAGAGGACCACCGCCUGUUCCUGCGGCGACGAGCAGUGCUCUGGACCAGCGUGUAGAACCAUCCAGGAGAAGGAGAAGCCGCAACUCAAGUUCAGCGUUAGCGCUAUACUCGGCGGUAAUCAUGACAGGAGGCCACAUCCCGAUAAUUUUCAAGGGCUUCCGCCGGAAGCGAUACCCGCCUUCUUGCAAAAUUUGCAAAAUUCGGCUGGUUAUAAUAUCGCCAAGCCGAUUGCGAGGCCGGCAGCUUAUCAUCCUUAUCACAGGCCGAGUCAUCAACCUCCUCAACGGCAUUUACCACCGAACGCUCAUCACACACUGCAACAACUAUUCUACAGAGGUCCAUAUUUGACAGUCGCUGGUUCCGGAACUGGAACUCAUCAUCCUGGCACGCCCGGUGGAGGUGCCGUGUUUCCGGGGACCAUCCAGGGUAGCAUCGGCGAUUUUUCCGGAACUGGCUUGGUCUUUCCAUGGGCGACGAACGCGCGCGGAAAGCCACGCCGGGGGAUGAUGAGAAGAGCCGUUUUCUCGGAUCUUCAGCGACGCGGACUCGAGAAGAGGUUCCAGAUACAAAAGUACAUCAGCAAGCCAGAUCGCAAGAAGCUCGCUGAAAAACUUGGUCUCAAGGACUCGCAGGUGAAGAUCUGGUUUCAAAAUCGACGUAUGAAGUGGCGAAACAGCAAGGAGCGGGAGCUGCUGGCGACUGGCGGCUCGCGCGAGCAGACGUUACCGAACAAGAACAACCCCAAUCCGGAUCUGAGCGACGCCGACGGGGAUCGGCCGAGAAUGGAUCUGAGCGACGUGAGUCCGCUCACGAGUCCGCAAAGGCCGGAAGAGCAAACGGAAAACGAGGAGGAUGAGGAGAUCAAUGUCACGUGAUAAAGCUCACCGCUGGACCCAGCAUCCCCCGUUCGCCCUCCGACGACAAGUGAUGACAAUUUUCUUAAUUCGUGAAUCAAAGGCUACCUGCCGGACCAAACAAAAUUUUAGCGAAACGUAAAUUUGACGGACACUUGGAAGAAUCGCGGAAAUUAAUUCUAAAUUUUAAACUGAAAUUGGUUUUCGUA